AUGGUGGACAAAAGCCGUGUUAAUGACUUAAAUCAGGUGAAAUAUAUACCAGUAGAUAAUGGUGAGCUAAAACCUAUACGCGAAGAAAAGAAGUCAGAUACUUUCUACUUCUAUUUCGUUGUAAUAACAGGAAUGUUUGGUAUAAUGGCUGUAGUUCCAAUAUUUAUAACAGAGAUAUGCGAGAAUCAUAAUAGAGCUAAGUAUGGAUGCCUUGUGGGCUUAUUUUCUCCUUUGGGUAAUCUGUAUUCCUACAUUCUCGGUCCAUUAUUCAGCGUAAAAGUUUUUACUUUGAUUUCCAAUAUACCAGCAGUUAUCUUUUUAGUAUCAUUUAUUUUUGCCCCAGAAUCUCCUUUCUUCUCGGUAUCUAAGGGAAAAGAUAAAGACUGUAUAAAAACUUUGAAAAAACUCAGAAAUAAUAAGUCCGAUCUAGAGUUACAUAAGGAUUUUAGCGAGAUAACCAAAAGUAUUGAAAUCAAAGUAAAUACUGUAAAUCCAGGAAUUUCUGCACUGUUUAAAAUAAGAGAAGCCAGAGUUGGACUGUUUUUAAUAUUUAUUCCCAUGAUGACGCAAUUUUUGUCAGGUGCACCAACACUUAUGCCAUUUGUAGGACCCAUUUUUAAUAAAGCUGCUACCAGUUUGUCUGGUAAUACUAUAGCUAUCAUUGUAGGAGCAGUCAAAUGCUUUGUAUUCGUUAUUCCUACUUUUAUAGUAGAACGAACAGGUAGAAAACCACUAAUGAUUUGCUCUAGUUUGGGAUGCAGUGUAUCUAUGAUUUUAGUAGGUACCUAUUUCUACCUUCAACACAUAAGUUCUCCUCUUGCGCAACAACUAAGUUGGCUUCCUAUUAUAUCAGUUAUAAUAGUGGUAUUCUCUUAUGCUGCUGGCCUUGGACCUGUUCCUAUGUCUCUCACAGGAGAAUUGUUUGCAACAGAUACAAGGGCAGCCGCAUCUGCUAUUACUAUGACUGUAGCAGGUUUCGCUGUAUUCGCAGUCGCUACCAUCUUUCCUAUUGCAGCUGAGUUAAUUGGACUACACUGGUGUUUCUGGUUGUUUUCAAUUAACUGCUUGAUAGGAGCAAUUUCAAUUUAUUUCUUUUUGCCCGAAACAAAGGGAAGGAGUUUGGUUGAGAUUCAGGAUAUUUUAAAAAAUUACAAAUUUGGUUUUCAAAAAUAG